GGGAUAGAUACAAAAGGASGGGAGGACGACACUCGAAUUCACUGCAUACCGGAAGUGGUCAGGAUGUAUCGAGGACAYUUAUUAAAUCCACUCAUGCAUGAGAAGCAUUCCAGAAGCCAUUUUGUUGUUAUCGUUGUCGAUUGUGGAGUGGAAUAGAGUUAUGAAGAAAAACACAGCUAAAGAAGGCCAGGAAACUGGGUAUGUGGGAUUUGCAAAUUUACCAAACCAAGUGCAUCGAAAAUCAGUGAAAAAAGGUUUCGAAUUUACUUUGAUGGUUGUUGGUGAGUCAGGUCUUGGGAAAUCCACUCUUGUAGAAAGUUUGUUUCUAACAGAUCUCUAUGACGACACAAGUUUAUCCCCUGCAAUCAAUCGAAUGCACCAGACAGUCAGCAUUGAUACUAAUACUGUUGAGAUCGAGGAAAAGGGAAUAAAAUUAAAACUUACGGUUGUUGAUACUCCAGGCUUUGGUGAUGCCAUAGACAAUAGUUCUUGCUGGCAGUCAAUUGUCAACUACAUUGACAAACAGUUUGAGUCAUAUCUUCAUGAUGAAUCUGGAUUGAAUAGAAGAAAUAUCGUCGACACAAGAGUACACUGUUGUAUGUACUUUAUUAGCCCGUUUGGGCAUGGGUUGAGGCCAAUAGAUGUAGAGUUUAUGAAAGCGCUCCACAAUAGGGUUAAUAUAGUUCCUGUCAUCGCCAAAGCAGAUACAUUAACAAAGAAUGAAUUAAACCUUCUCAAGAGGAAGAUUUUGAACGAAAUGGAAAAUAAUUCUAUUAAAAUCUACACGUUUCCUGACAGUGAAAGCGAUGACGACGAGGAAUUCAUUGAAAUCAAUCAGGAAUUAAAGCUGAGUGUCCCAUUCGCUGUUAUUGGCAGCAACCGGGUUGUGGACUUAAAUGGACGUAAAACACGAGUAAGGCAGUAUCCUUGGGGAUACACUGAAGUGGAAAAUCCAGAUCAUUGCGACUUUGUGAUGCUUCGUAAYAUGCUUGUUCGGACCCAUAUGCAAGAUUUAAAAGAUGUUACACAGGAAAUUCACUACGAGAAUUAUCGUGCUCAACGUCUAUCACAGCAGACCGGUACACCAGCUGGAUACAAGAAAGAUAUGAAGCCAAGGAAAAGUGGCUCAUAUGACGCUAUCGAAGCCACAAUGUCCGAAAAAGACAAAAUGCUAAGAGAGAAAGAACUAGAGCUCAAAAGAAUGCAGGAAAUGUUAGCAAAAAUGCAAAAGGAAAUACAGGCUUCCAAAGUGUAGGCCUGUGGCAAAACAUAUUCAGCCCAAGAAUAGAAGAAAAUGGACUUAAUUAUAAUAAAGAUGUCAUGGACUUACAUUUCUUAGUGCAAUAACAAAUGCAGAUGACUGUACUAUUUAUCAGGAAUUCUACCAAUCAUAAGUGAAAUUCGCUACUCUGGUUAUCACAAUGUUCUUUUUUUACUGAAAAGCUGACGUUUGGUUAGCGACCAUUAUUCGCAAUCUGAAGAGAAGUAACAAAGAGCAAGAUUGAAAGACAUGCCUCAAGUCUUUCCUUUGUGCACACAUCGGGAUUGGGAAUUUGAAUUUGAAUUUGAAGCCGUGUCGAUUGUGUUUUUCGUCGGUUUGUCUCCAACCUUGUAAGGGAAAGUUUACCAUAAUGAGCUGAAACUUCACAGGGGUGUUAAGAAAAAUAACAAGAACACUAUGUUGUAGUUUGAAAUAAUUUUA